CCUCCUACAUCCAAAAUCAACAUUCCGCAAGAAACCAUCAUAUCCGGGAUCCAGGCGUCAGUAAUCCGAUCCAAUCCGGAGUCGAGCCGGGCGAAUGCCACGCCUACCGCCGUCCCUCCUCCGGCGCGCGCACCGCACCUCGCCACACCUCGCCGCGCUGCUCCCCGCCUGCAGGACCCUGGCCUCGGCGCGCAACGAGCUGCGCUGGAUUCGCGAGCACGUGGCUAACACGCUGCCUUCGUCUCCACAUGGCCGUGAAGCCCGACUCGUCGGCCUGGCCAAUGCGCGUAAGCGGGAGUCGCUGUUGCUAACCGAUCUCUGUCGGAAGAGAGGGCGGGGGUAUCCGCUGCAGUACGUCUUAGGCACGCAGCCGUUCGGCGAUCUGGAGAUCAAGUGUCGGCCCGGCGUGCUGAUACCCCGGCCCGAGACCGAGGCCUGGGUUACGCGGCUCGCGGAGGUUGUGCGCGCGAGCGGGGAUGGGUAUGGGGUUGCGGGUAGAGGGGAUGAUGAGGGCCCGAGGGUUCUGGAUCUGUGUACGGGGUCCGGAUGCGUUGCGCUGCUGCUGUACUCGCUUUUGCACCGGCGAUUCCCCGGGAUGGGUGUUCGAGGUGUUGAUGUUGAGCCCAAAGCUAUUGCGCUGGCGAGGGAGAAUUGGGCGUUUAAUGUGCGGCUUGGGGUGCUGCCGAGAGGGGAGCGGGAUGUCGCGUUUGAAGAAGCGGAUAUUUUCUCUGCGGAGUGGAUGUCGUCGUUGCGUCUUUCGCGGGAUGGAGAUGAGGUAGAGGGAGGGGAGCGGGUGGAUAUACUGGUUGCUAACCCGCCGUAUAUCUCUUCUCGAGGAUUCAAUCGCGACACGGAGCGUUCGGUGCGCAGGUACGAGCCCAAGCUCGCUUUAGUACCUACUCCGCCAACAAGCCUUCAGUUACCAAUGGGAUGUCAGCCGGAAGAUGUCUUUUACACCAGGAUACUAGAUGUGGCAAAACUGCUCCAGCCGCGGUUCACCGUCCUUGAAGUUGGCGACUUGGCCCAAGGGCUUCGUGUGGUGAAGAUGACGCGUAGCCGGUUCGAUGGUGUUGAGAUCGAGGUCUGGAGAGAUUGGCCUGACAUGAAACCCGACGAGAACGAGCCAGAUAGCGUUAAGGUUGACGGCGUGGAGGUGCCGGUUAGAGGAAGUGGCCAUGGUAGGGCUGUGUUCAUACGCCGCACUUUUUGAACUUCUAUACCGGCCCCUUACGCUUCACAUCUACAGCCGAGUCCUCCAGAGUUAAGACUUAUUUUAUACAUCAGCCCGAAUGGAUUAUAGUCUCCGCCGCAUAAAAAUCCUCUGUCCAUUCAGGGAUUCCAUAGAGGAGUUCAUACGAUGACCGCCAACCUAAUGCAAUAUCUACAGCGAAUAUUAUGUAACCACCUAUAUAUAUACCACCAUUCCAACAU